AUGCUUACACGCGUACCGCUGGAUAUCGUUCUCCACAUCGUGCGCCACGCCGUCGACCGCGAGGCUUACGACGAGGACUGGCGGACGUAUCAGCAGCGACUCGCCCAACUCUGCCUCGUCUGCAAAGAGUUCCGGGAUGCGGUGCAGCCUGUGUUGUGGAGGACACUGCGGGUCAAGUGGCUAGAGCACUUUCACCAGGUCGCCGGGAGGGAGGGCAGGAACCGUCACCUCGUCAAGCACGUCGAAGAGUUACGAGGAGGACCCGAGUUUUACGGCGCGAAUUCGCGCCAGGGCGACGCAGUGCCUUUCCUGCGGUACUACCUGCCAAAACUGCAGGCAAUCUCGCUCGACUCGUUUGGGGCGCGAGGAAUGGCUUUGGAACAUCUAGCGCUCUUCGACAACUUCCGAUAUCUCAGCCUUCACUACUAUCGCCUCGAAGCAACCCCUGCCGGACUUACCCUCCCGCAACUCGAGACGCUCUCCCUCGCCCACUGCGACGCUCAACUCGCUGCCAUCUGCGACCUCCUCCGCCCUGGAUGCACUGCUCAACUCCGCCAUCUCGCAUUGAGCCAUCUGGACAUCACGGCAGAAUCCGGAUCCACGCCCCAUCCACCGGUUCUUGACCGCCUCCGGCUGGUACAACUCGAAGGCUACUCCGAUGCCUUUGCCAUGUACCAGGUCCUGCCUUUCGACCAGGCGAUCUUUCUGAGCUUCCCAUGGUCGCCAGAUUCUCUCGUGGUCGGCUCGCCGCUCGACCUGGUGCGCCGCAAACCCGACUUCCUCCAGCUCGGCAAGCUGCCCGCCUACAUCUUCAAUGAAUCCAACUCGCACGCGACUGCCGGUAUUGACAGGCAUGUGCAGUACUUCACGCAUACUGGCGCACUACAGCAAGCCAAGGCGAUGUUCCUUCCGUCUGAAUUGGCCGACACGACCUUGUUCACCCAGCGGGCGGAGCGACAAGCGCUCCUCUCGCUCCUCCUCGCUUGUCAAGACAACGCCACACCUGUCGUCUUCUACCACGCCAACCGAGACGCCAUAGGCGACUUUACAACGGCGUUGUUGCCGCACGUCGAGCGGGUGCACGACGCGGCGUACCACGAGCAGCUUCUUGCGCAGAUGGCGAAGCUCGUGGAGGACUGGGAGGACUACAACGCGGUACUAUCGUCUGCUCCGCCCGGUCCUAUUGCUCUCCGUACCCUUUCUUUCACCAUCCCUCCCGUCGACUGGCCCCGCCCUCGCCCGGUCGAGCCCAUCGCUGUCGAGGAACUCGUGCUGACUGCCCCCGACAUCGACCUCCUUAAGAACAUCUUGCACCCCGCAACGACCCCUCAUCUCCGUCGCCUUGGAUUCUACCAGCUCCAGCUGCCUUGGCCCGGCCUCCACGAAGGCUUGGCCGACACCGCGCUCAACCAGCGCCUCGAGCUCUGCCAAGUCAACGUCUACGACUCCAAGGCCAUCCCGAGCGAGUCCCUGAUCCAGUACGGCAUCACUGUGCCGACUCUCCUCGUCGUCGAGCCAUACCAGUACUUUUUCGGCGCCUCGAGUUCGGAAGUGAACAGCCAGUUCCCCUUCAUCCAGCUCCAAUCCGUUCCCUCGCCUAUCCCGCGUCCAAAGCGUUCUCGCAAGUCGAACAAGCGCUGA